AUGGCGGCAAGCGAUGUUUGUAUCAACGACCACAUAUCAGACGUGGAGUGUCUGAAUGAGUCCGCGGAUUUUCCAGUAAGAAACAUCUUCCACAACUCCGAGGCCCCACUGAAAUCGGACGCGGAUCACCAGUUGCUGAUAAAGAUCCAGUUUCGACAACCGGUGAAGAUUUCAGGUACACGACCGAAAAUAUGCCGUCUUUGUUUGUCAUGCAUACUUACACAUACUAGAACUAGAGCAGGUGCAGGUGCAUUAUUGCGAUGCCGGUCUUAUUUAUUACGCAUGAAGACAAAAAGAAAAACGAAACGAUCUAACUACACGACAUCAGGUCUCCGCUUCUUUGGCGUCGAGGAGGAAUCUUGCCCAACGGACGUAAAACUUUUCGUCAACAAACCAAGCUUGGGCUUUAGCGAAGCCGAGGACACACCAACAACACAGGAUCUCUCCUUGGACCCAGCACAAUGUACUACUUUCAUUUUCAAAAUUAGUGAAACUUUAUAUGACUAUUUUCAUUUCGAUUUCAAUUUCUUCUCGUGCUCAUGGCGGCCUAAUUUGUUAUCAUGCUGAGACAUUAAUUCCGCACUUCGGCAAAAACUAGCUGUUCCCCCAUUAUUAUCAACAGGUAACCUGAUGGAGAAGAAGGAUGUGAUGUGUCCGGUGAAAUUUGUGAAAUUUCAGUCCGUCAACGCGUUGAUUCUCUUCGUGCAGGAGAACAACGGCGCGGACAUCACGCAGUUGAAGAAGCUGGAAGUGUUCGGCACCGCGGCCGAAAACUCGGACAUCACGGCCUGGAAGCCGUGCAAAAGCUGAGGCUAAGCCAGGACCGAAGAUCAUGUUUUAUUCGAGGUCCUCGGGAGGUACAAGUACUCUUACCGUACGGGUGAUUUGUUUGCUAGUUGUGCCUUUGAUCCUCAGCUACCCAUGCUGUGCAACGGCAAUAGCAUGAUCACAGGUCGUGACCUCGAAUAAAGAUCUUCGUCCGCGAUUAGCAUUAUGGAAUUCUAGUAGUUGUAACUCAAUACAUGUUGCUCGCUGCCUCCUUGGACAUGUCCAAGCAGGACAUGCGAGCGACUGCUGAUGUGGUUUGUUUUCUACCUAAUUUUUUGAAAAUGUAAACUACUCCACUAGUACGGGGAUGGCGGUGCAGGGUCUUCUUGCCAUUGUCGUACUUACUUUCGAAGAAACAUAUCCAGUCUCAAAUCAUUCUAAAAAUGUGACGGCAAGAGUUGUUGAUUGGCUUUGUAAACAGGGCAAAACUGCUUCAGUUGCAAAAUAGAAGGCCGAUUUCACUUUUUGCCUGAUUUAGAUUCUUUAGAGAUGAUAUCAAGGUUUCUUCAAGAUUAACAGAGAACUAGAGUGGGCAGAGUUCUCGAUUUCACCCAACGAAUGCGUAAGCGAAUGCGCAGCAGCCCCAACCUUCAAAACAAAAAGCGACCACUCCUAAGGACGCCGCGCGCUCCUGGCAACUAAGGUUAAUGGCACUUGAGGUUAAAAAUCAAUACCAAGAAAGCAUCGCUUUCAGGUACCAAAACAU